AUGAGUACUGAUUUCGAUAGAAUUUUCAUGAACCAGAGCAAGUUCGGUGGUAGAUUCAGAAUUGCUGACUCUGGUCUGGGUUGGAAGGUGUCUACCUCUGGUGGGUCCGCCAGUGCACAAAACAAGGCUCCAUUUCUAUUGCCGGCCACUGAGCUAUCCACAGUCCAGUGGAGUAGGGGUUGCAGAGGUUUCGAGCUGAAGAUCAACACCAAGAACCAAGGUGUCAUCCAGUUGGAAGGAUUUUCUGAGGAUGAUUUUAAUAUUAUUAAAGGUGAUUUCCAUCGUAGAUUUAGCAUCCAAGUUGAGCAUAAGGAACAUUCCUUGCGUGGUUGGAAUUGGGGCCAGACCGAUUUGGCUAGGAACGAGAUGGUUUUUGCCCUCAAUGGUAAGCCUGUCUUUGAGAUUCCAUAUGCGCGUAUCAAUAAUACAAAUUUGACUGCCAAGAAUGAAGUUGCUGUUGAAUUCAAUAUCCAGGACGAUACAUAUCAGCCAGCUGGUGAUGAGAUGGUGGAAAUGAGAUUCUAUUUGCCUGGGUCUGUGGUUGUUGAUGAAGAUCAACCAGCUCCGAAGAAAGAAGGUGAAGAAGAGGGUGAAGAAGCUGCAGAAACAGAGACAAAAAGUCUCGCAGAGGCAUUUUAUGAGGAACUUAAAAAUAAAGCCGAUAUUGGUGAGAUUGCUGGUGAUGCCAUUGUAUCAUUCCAAGAUGUAUUCUUCACAACUCCAAGAGGUCGUUACGAUAUUGACAUCUACGAAAACUCUAUAAGACUGAGAGGUAAGACUUAUGAGUAUAAACUACAGCAUAAUCAAAUUCAAAGAAUUGUAUCAUUACCAAAGGCAGAUGACAUUAACCAUCUUGUCGUCCUUGCUAUGGAUCCACCACUUCGUCAAGGUCAAACUACAUAUCCAUUCCUUGUUCUUCAAUUCCAAAAGGAUGAAGAAACAGAAGUACAAUUAAAUCUAUCCGAUCAAGAAUACGAAGAAAAGUAUAAGGAUAAGUUGAAGAAGCAAUAUGAUUCUAAGACUCACAUCGUUAUCAGUCAUGUAUUGAAGGGUCUAACGGGCCGUAGAGUUGUUGUUCCUGGUGAAUACAAAUCUAAGUAUGAACAAUGUGCUGUCUCAUGUUCUUACAAGGCAAAUGAAGGUUAUCUAUAUCCAUUAGAUAAUGCAUUUUUCUUCCUGACGAAGCCAACAUUGUACAUUCCAUUCAAUGAUGUUAGUAGUGUUGUCAUCUCAAGAGCUGGUCAAACAUCUACUUCUUCAAGAACAUUCGAUUUGGAAGUGAUACUUCGUUCCAACAGAGGUUCCACCAUUUUUGGUAAUAUCAGUAAAGAAGAACAGCAACUGCUAGAAAACUUCCUAAAGUCCAAGAAUUUGAGAGUUAAAAAUGAAGAAAAGGAUGCACAAGUAAGAUUACAAAGCGCUUUGGGUUCCGAUAGCGAUGAUGAGGAUGUUAAUAUGGGUUCCGCUGGAGAAGAUGACGAAUCUGUAGACGAAGACUUCCAUGUCAGUUCAGGUGACGAUGAUGAUGAAGUUGCUGAAGAAUUCGACUCAGAAGCUGCAAGUGAAGGUGAAGAUGAAGAUGAAGAUAUGGACGGUUCUGAUAGGCCAACUAAGAAACCAAAGACUGAGUAA